ACAGUCAAAGUGGGCGCCGGCUCCGGGUGUCGUCGCCGCGUGCAACCUUCUCAUAGCAACGGAACCACAGCCCGUGGAGCCCUUGACCCUACCGCGUUGCGCCCUGUCCUCACCCAAACCUCGCCGUCUCCGCCGCACGUCCCUCUGCCUGCCUUGCUGUGCGGUCGCCGCAGCCGCGGCCGCGGCCGCUGCGCCUUCGCCCUGCAGGCACGUCGCACCCGUGCCGCUCGCCUCCCACGUCGCGACCCCCACCGCCCGCAACAUUGGCCGCACGGGCGAGGCCGUCACGUACGGUGGCCGCACGCCCGACUGCCACACGACCGCGCUUCCGCGGGCAGGGGUUCCGCCGGCCGCCGCAGGGAAGGCCGCGGGAGCAACCACCUCCGUCCCCGGCGGCGCCACUGACACCGUUUGGCCUCCACGGCGACGUAAGCUGCCACUUUCCCUCUCUUGCGUUUCAAUCUCAGCAUACUACAUGGGAUGCUGCUUUGUCUUCAAUGGCCUCUGAACCCCUUCGUCUUUGAGCACCCUGAGGCCCCCCUCUGAUGUUUCCUUCGCUCAUGGUGGUCUGUGCCCUUCAAGUGCUCGAUGAAAUGCUCCAAGGGCUCUGCUUCCUGAGUUUGCAUCGGUUUGGUACCUUGAUCAUUCAGCUAUCUGUGGAGUAGUUUCUUGAGAGUGACCUGCAAAACAAGCUAAAGCCAAUGAUAGAAGAAGCCGUGGCAAGCCUGCUCAAGGACGAUGGUGCCACUGCCAACGCAUACUGCAGUGGCAUGGCGAUCGCUGACCUGGGCUGUUCCUCUGGUCCAAACACGCUCGUGCUUGUGUCCAUGGCCAUUGACGCCGUCCGCCGCCACUGCUCGGAGCUCCAGCAGGAGCCACCAGAGCUCUGCAUACACCUCAACGACCUCCCAAGCAAUGACUUCAACUCGGUCAUCAGGAGCCUGGCCACGUACAUAAAAACCCAAGAAAGCUCCAGUCCUCCUGUCUUGGCCAGCAUCGUUCCUGGCUCAUUUCACGGGCGGCUCUUCAACAAGCGUAGCCUCCAUCUAGUCUGCUCCACCGCUAGCUUCCACUGGCUCUCAAAGGCACCUGAAGACCUGGUGAGGAACGGAAUCCCGUUUUACGACAGGGACGAGGUGGUGAGGCGUGCUCGACGUUCCAUAGUCAUCAAGGCCUAUGCUCGGCAGUUUAACGAUGACUUCACACGGAUCUUGCAUCUGCGAGCUCAAGAGAUGGUUCCCGGAGGUCGGAUGGUUUUCUCCCUUCUUGGACACCGUUCUGAUGAUAAGCCGGAGAGUGCCAUUCUGCUUUUGGAAUUCACAAAUGCCAUCCUACACGAAAUGGCGUCAAAGGGUUUGAUCGAUAAUGAGAAACUUGACUCUUUCUACAUACCAAUAUACGGGCCGUCAGAGAAGGAGGUGCGAGAGAUAAUAGAAGCUGAGGGUUCAUUUUCAAUCGACAAGAUGGCUGUCCAUGAAUCUCUUGAUGGCAUUGACGCGCCGAAGACAGCGGCGCGCGCUCUGAGAGCUGUAAUGGAGGCGAUCAUAGCGCAGCAUUUCGGGCCAUCUGCAGAUGCUAUGGACGAGUUCUUAAAGAUCACGGAGAAGUUCAUCGAGAUGGCGCCUCUAGAUGCGUUCUCUCCAAACAAAUCCAGCGCUUUCGUUGCUGCGUCCCUCACCAGGAGGACAUGAUGGACGCAACGUGUGUUUCAUAUAUGUAUGUUUGGCAAAUCACAAGAUUUACAUGCGUGUAAUAAUAAACUAUAACAAUGAUAUGUUUUGUGGAACAAUUUUUAAUUAUAAUAUCCGGUGGUGAUCGACUUAGCUUACGUGCUAAGUGAUA